UAUUCUAAUAAAUAUGACCUAUUAGUGAUAUUCUCGUGAAAUAAGACAUAAUACUUGAAUGUAAUAGUGAUUACAAUAUAAAUACAAUGUAUAUAUUGUAUUUGUGUGCUUGUGUGAGUGUAGUGGUGUGUUAUGAAGUGCCUCCUGCUAAAUUGGAGGCGAUUUACCCUAAAGGGCUGAGGGUGUCUGUCCCCGAUGAUGGCUUCUCUCUCUUCGCCUUCCACGGCAACCUCAACGUGGCAAUGAACGGCCUCGAAGGAGGGCAAUGGUCCAGAGACAUCACCAAAGCCAUUAACGGAAGAUGGACGAUCAGGGACCGAGAGGCGGAGCUGAAGAUCGGGGACAAGAUAUAUUUCUGGGCGUAUGUGAUCAAGAACGGACUGGGACUGGGGUAUAACGGGGAGUGGACUGUCACAGAAUACGUAGACGAAGCGGGUAACCCGGUCAACAAUGAGCAAGAAUACAUACCAACCGGAUUCCCCUGCGCCGUAUCUACCACGGAAGUCUCGAUGCCGGGCUAUGUCUGUAAGGGGCAGCUGUUGUUCGAGGAUAACUUUAACACUGGCAUGGCGAAGGGCAAUAUUUGGACCCCAGAAAUCAAGUUCCCCCAAGAACCUGAUUAUCCAUUCAAUGUGUAUUUGAGCGACCGCAAUAUGCGCGUUCAAGAUGGGCGGCUGAUCAUCCAACCUUUACUUCUGGAGACCAAAUAUGGAGACGACUUCGUAAGGCAGUCUUUGGACCUGUCCACUAGAUGUACCGGCCCACUGGGCACGUCGCUAUGUGAGCAAAUAGCCUCUGGACCUCAAAUCCUGCCGCCCAUCAUCACAGCCAAGAUCACCACCAAGAAUAAGUUCAACUUCAAAUAUGGCAGGGUCGAAGUCAGCGCCAGAAUGCCUCUGGGGGACUGGUUGUAUCCAGAAAUCCAGCUGGAACCUCGGGACAAAGAAUAUGGCAUAUGGAAGUAUGCCUCGGGUGUUCUUCGCGUCGCGUGUCUGAGAGGCAACAAGCAGUAUUCUAACCAGCUGUAUGGGGGACCUAUCAUGUGCGAUACGGAACCUUACAGAUCAAUGCAUUUGAAGGAAAAAAUUGGAUUCGACAAUUGGAAUUCAGCUUUCCAUAACUACACAUUAUUAUGGGAACCAACCGGCAUAUCUCUGUACGUGGACGGAGAGGAGUACGGGUCAGUCGAACCCAACUUCUACCAGAGCGCCAAGGACUACAACGUUACCGCCGCGUCCAGCUGGCUGAAAGGUUCCGUCAUGGCUCCUUUCGAUAAACUGUUCUACAUAUCCCUCGGUCUGAACGUGGGCGGAAUACGAGAGUUCCCAGACAGCGCCAGUAAACCGUGGAAGAAUCUUUCCAGCAAGGCCAUGCUGAAUUUCUGGAACAGCCGAGACCAGUGGUACUCCACGUGGUACGACGAUACCAGCGCACUGCAAGUCGACUACGUGCGGGUUUACGCUUUAUAGUAGAAUGAAAAAUAAAAUAAAAUUAUGCCUUCUUUGGCAGUAGUUAAAUCAGCUUUACAAAAAAUU